AGACGAGACCUCAUUCAUAAUACGCCAAGAUCUGAAGCUGAGUUUGUGAUGGAAAGUUACUGAAUGAAAAAUGUUCAAUGAAUGAGGAUCUUUAUGGACGUAAGUCUCAUAUCACUAUCUAACAUUUUGUGUUUUGCCAACAUCUGAAGUUAUACUUUUCUUCUUGUAAAGCAUUAUGAACAGCCCAAGAAUGAAGAGCUCACGUCUUGUACUGUUUUUGGCUGGAGCAAGUGUCAUACUGAUGUUGAUGUAUAUUCACCUUGUAAGGGAGGUGUCAGAAUUACAGAGCAGUAUUCAGUCCUACCGUGCUUUUGGUUCUCUUGGACUAGGGGGCUCUCCAAAUGGAAAUAAUGUGCUAGACCCAAACAGUCUGGUGAUCAUCUACAACCGUGUGCCAAAGACCGGCUCAACGUCUUUCAUUGGGCUGGCUUAUGACUUGUGCUCGAGAAACAAGUUCAACGUCAUUCACAUGAACACAUCAAAGAAUGCUCCAACUUUAUCAUUAACAGAUCAGAUGCGGUUUGUGUACAACAUAUCAAAUUGGGUAGAGAAAAAGCCGGGGAUUUAUCAUGGCCACAUUGCGUACCUGGAUUUUAAUAGGUUUGGUGUGAGUAGACAGCCGCUGUACAUCAAUAUCAUCAGAAAGCCUUUGGAUCGCCUUGUCUCAUACUAUUACUUUGUUCGGUAUGGGGAUGAUCUGCGGCCAUAUCUCAUACGUAAAAGGAUGGGUGAUAAAAUGACCUUGGAUGAAUGUGUUGCAAAGGAUCAUCCAGACUGCUCGAUGAACCACUUGUGGCUGCAGGUCCCCUUCUUCUGUGGUCACCAUUCAGAUUGCUGGGUUCCAGGUUCAGCUUGGGCCCUUGAGCAAGCAAAGCAUAACCUGGUCCACAAUUAUUUCCUUGUUGGAGUCACAGAGGAACUUAAAGAUUUUGUUGCCAUGCUGGAAUACUCACUCCCGCAGAUGUUCAAAGGGGCUCUUGAUUUGUAUAUCACAGGUUCCAAAUCGCAUUUAAGAAAAACAGUGAAAAAGAUCAUGCCCUCAGAAGAGACAAUUGCAAAGCUGCAGAAUACAAAGGUCUGGCGACUAGAGAAUGACUUUUACAACUUUGCCCUUGAUCAUUUCCAUUUCCUGAAAAAGAAGACCCUAUAUGAGGAGGAAGGUAGUGGCCGCCUGCUGGACAGAGGCCAGAAGUUUUCCUAUGAGAAAAUUAAACCCAAGAAACCCCUAGGUUCUUGAGGUUAGAUCUGAUUUGUCUUACACGUGUCAUCCUCACGUUGCAGAAGUGUAUGACUCCAUUGUUGUUAGUGCCAAGUACCCUCACACACUUUGAAGUGCCUGUUCAGGAUAACCUGAUGCUUAGCUUUCCUUGAUCUUGUUGAGAAAUAAAUUGGUAGUUUAUUGAUUA